AUGAACCCCCACCAGCAGAACAAGAUUGAUACCAGCUCUUUGAGCCCCGACGAGCAGCGUCUGUUGCGUCUCUAUGGGAAAAUGCCAACCAAGAAAGACCUACUCCAGAACAAACUCAAGGAACGGAAAUACUUCGAUUCGGGUGACUACGCUCUGAGCAAAGCCGGAAAAGCCUCAGACGUGGGUGUGACCAACAUCGGCUCUCAGCAUCCUGUCCCCGAGAAUAUUCCCCACCUCACUGCGACCUCGCCCGGUGCAAAUAAUCCCCUGGCCAUGGGCAAUGGUGGAAGUAUCAGUGCUCAAGGCGGACAGCAUAUCCAUGGCAGUAUUAGCAGCCACCCAGGCGCUCUUGGGUUCCAAAGCCGAAGCCCCAUCAAGGAGGCCAGCUUUUUACAACGCGGAACAAGUAUCGAUGAGUCUGAUAGUAUCUCUGACCCUGCUGCCGCUCAGGAUAAGGAUGCAAGCGUAAGUCCACCUCCUGCUCGUGGUGGUGUGCCAAUCCGACGAUGA